UUACAUGUCAAAAAUGAUUUUUUCUCCAGCCGAGAAAAAUCUUUGCAAUUUUUGAGACGACUACGGAAUAUUUGCAGCAUAAUGAACGGAUACGUGUGAAUUCUGGAUUAUAGUGUGCAAAAUCACAUUCGUUGCAGUGUGCAGUUGUUGGAUACAUUAAAUUUCAACGAUUAUUUCGGUACAUAAUCUCAAGCAUUCUGAUUGUGUAUAGUGGGGAUACUAUUCCUCAAAAAGGGCUAGAUCUUGGAGAAAGAGGAAUCCAUUUCACUAAACACGGUGCGAUUCGUCUCGAAGAGCAACAAAGAAAAUCCAAAGCAGCGCAUUAUAUAGUUUGCAUUGUAAAAUAAUUUGUAGAAUUCACAACCUUUGCAUCAAGGGCACAAGGAACAAAAUGGAAUCACGAAGCUGCUGCUUGGCGGCCGGUUCAAUAUUAACCUUUAUGCUAGUAUGUGGGAUGACAAAUGGAUUCUACUUGCCAGGAUUAGCUCCAGUUAACUAUUGUCGGCAAUCGGAAAUGCAGAAAUCAUGCAAGUCCGAAGUUACCCUUUACGUGAAUCGGCUCAACACGGAAGAAUCGGUCAUCCCAUACGAGUACCAUCACUUCGAUUUUUGCCCAAUCGACGAAGCCAACUCACCUGUGGAGAAUCUCGGCCAGGUAGUGUUUGGAGAACGUAUCCGCCCUGGACCGUACAAGAUCGAAUUUUUGGAGCAGAGAUCGUGCGAAAAGGCAUGUACCAAGUACUACGUUGGUGGCGAUUCCGAUAGUGACCGCCGGUUGAUGAUACUGAAGAAAGGCAUGAGUUUGAACUACCAACAUCAUUGGAUAGUUGAUAAUAUGCCGGUAACGUGGUGCUACCCGCUCGAUAAUGACCGUCAAUAUUGCAGCACUGGUUUUCCAAUGGGAUGUUUAGUACGACGGCAUCCGGAUGGCGACGAGGGUUGCCUGGUCAAUCCGAGCUACAACCGAGCCGGAUAUUACUAUCCUUUCAAUCACGUUGAUCUAACAGUAACAUACCACAGUGGUGCAACGGAAGAAUGGGGUGUAGCGUUCAAACAGAAUGGCGGUCGAAUUAUUUCCGUGAAGGUUGUACCUUCAUCAAUUAACCAUAAGAAUCCCGAUCAACCAGAUUGUAGCAGUAAAGAACCGAUCGAAAUUCCAUCUAGUGCGCUGCUAAACGGACAGAAAAUGAAUAUUACUUACACUUACUCUGUACGCUUCGUUCAGAAUAACACGAUAAAAUGGUCGUCCCGAUGGGAUUACAUUUUGGAAUCGAUGCCGCAUACUAAUAUCCAAUGGUUCAGCAUCCUGAACUCACUUGUCAUUGUAUUAUUCCUCUCCGGUAUGGUUGCCAUGAUCAUGCUGAGAACCCUGCACAAAGAUAUUGCGAGAUACAACCAGAUGGACUCCGGUGAGGACGCUCAAGAGGAAUUUGGCUGGAAAUUGGUGCACGGUGAUGUUUUCAGGCCACCGCGCAAAGGAAUGCUGCUGUCGGUUUUGCUCGGCUCAGGUAUUCAGGUGUUUUGUAUGACACUGGUGACGUUAGCAUUCGCCUGCUUGGGUUUUCUCUCGCCCGCUAAUAGGGGUGCGCUAAUGACCUGUGCUAUGGUACUAUUUGUACUGCUUGGUACCCCUGCCGGUUACGUGUCGGCUCGUAUCUACAAGAGCUUUGGCGGUAUAAAAUGGAAGAGCAAUGUACUUCUCACAUCCAUGCUGAGCCCAGGCAUUGUGUUCGGACUCUUUUUCAUCAUGAAUCUGAUUUUAUGGAGCAAAGGUAGUUCUGGAGCCGUUCCAUUUUCGACACUGAUUGCACUAUUGGCUCUGUGGUUUGGUGUUUCUGUACCGCUUACCUUUGUUGGUGCAUACUUUGGAUUCCGAAAAAGGUCAUUGGAACACCCAGUACGCACCAACCAAAUUCCCCGCCAGAUUCCGGACCAAUCGAUCUAUACCCAACCAAUCCCUGGAAUCAUCAUGGGCGGUGUGCUACCCUUCGGUUGCAUCUUCAUUCAGCUGUUUUUCAUCCUCAAUUCGCUCUGGUCCAGCCAGAUGUACUAUAUGUUUGGCUUCCUGUUCCUAGUGUUUUUGAUCCUGGUGAUCACCUGUUCGGAGACGACGAUUCUGCUGUGCUACUUCCACCUGUGCGCUGAGGACUAUCACUGGUGGUGGCGAUCAUUCCUGACAUCAGGCUUCACGGCGGUCUACCUGUUCAUCUACUGCUGUCACUACUUUGCGACCAAGCUGCAGAUCGAGGAUGCGGCUUCAACUUUCCUUUACUUUGGCUAUACACUCAUUAUGGUGUUCCUGUUCUUCUUACUAACCGGCUCGAUAGGAUUCUUUGCGUGUUUCUGGUUUAUUCGCAAAAUUUACAGUGUUGUUAAGGUGGAUUAAGCGAUGACCGAGGAGAACUGUUUCCGGAAAACUCUCCCACGAGGUGUCCAAAACCGUUAUUGACAGGAACAAAAGCGAUAUCCGAAAGAUAUAGUAUCCAAGCAUCUUCUGCGUGAAUUUCAAAAGCGAUCCGUCGGGAUAAUCGAAAAGGAUAGCUAUUUGAAAUGGUAUGGCAAUGUUCACACGGUGUUCAUCAGGCUACAAGCACCGUUGUAUACAAAAAAUAUGUUCCCUUCAUUAGACACCCGGCAUUUUUAAAUAUGGUAUUUACAUGCGGCACGUCUAAACGCUUUUAAUGAUAACUAGAAAAAAAACAACCUGAAAAAAAUGCUUGACGUCUGGUGGAGCACUGAUGGGUGUGCGUGUACAUAUUCAAUCCGCCGUAAUGUUCGAGCCAGUCGAUGAAAUAACUUCAAAGGAAAUGCUUGUGUCAAAUUAUUGGACAUAUAUUUUUUGGUAAUAAAGGUCAGACCACACUUAAGGGAUGUAUGCUUGUAGCCUAAUUGGCACCUUAUAAUUGACUAAACUUCAAUUGAAAUUCAAAUCGUUAUAUGUUUCGAUUUUCCGGAUGGAUCCUUUUAGAGUUCGUGCAGAGGAGUUGCUUGGAUAAAAUAUAUUUCGAAUGGGUUAAUAACGAUUUUGGGCACACCAUGCUCCGUUAUCUUCAUUCUCUAUUUUUGAAGUAGUUUCAACUUGUCUACUAGCAUAGGCUUAUUAUUUAAAAAUGCAAAACACAUUAGUGACGACUAAAAAAAAGUGAUUGAGUAUCGACGAUGCACUUAAGUUAUUAUUUUAAGCAAAGAUACCACUUUCAACGGGAGAUAAUUGUACUGCUUCACAUUGGUUGAACAUACAAUCCAAUUUGGACGAUAAAAAGCGUGAUUGAGAACAAAUCAUUCACACGAGAGAAAAUGAAGUAGCUUCUGUGAGUGCAACAAAAUAGACACAAUGAUUGAGCGCAAAGUAGAUUGGUGUGAUUAUAAUUAGAAACAAGAAUAAAAUGUCUUAAGUUUAUAUUCAUUUACUUUUAUUACAAAGAAGUGGAAACAAAUCUAUAAUAAAACUAUUAUCGGUAUAGUAUUUGUUCGUUAAGUAUGUAUUAUAUUUGUAUUUUACUGGAUUUCUAUACACGAAAGUAGUAUAAUUUGAAACUAAAUUUUUGAGCAAUAUAUAGUUCUCACAGAACCAGUCAAAUCUAUUAGAGCAAGACUAGAGAAAAUCUUAGUUUAAUCCAUAAUCAGAAUGUCUUACCUCGACGUCUUUUCCAGCGAAUGUGUUGCUAGGGCGCGUUUGUUAUGACCAGCGAUGCCACAUGUUUUUGUGAAAUGUCUGUAGAAGAAUAAUUAAAAUGUCAGUAAACGUCUGUAGAGGGUUGUGUAAAUCCUAUUUACACUAGGUUAUUACUUUAAAAGUGGCUUAGUAGUAAACUAUUGUGAAGGAAUCACUCGUAUUCGAAUCAAAUUAUUCUAGUAUAAUUUUGUUAAACACUUACUUUUUUAAAAGUCUGUAGAUGUCUAAUUACCUCUGUAGGAGACCAUCAAAAGUCUGUAAAAUACAGAUAUGUCUGUAAAUCUGGCAUCCCUGGUUAUGAAACAUUUCGCGCUCUUGAAGAUGUAAAUCGUUUUAAUAGGGUAUUGGUGCAAAAAAUUGUCACAAUCAAGAUUGAGUUUUUAAGUGAAUUUGUACUGUAUAAAACUUUAAAGCGCACACAUGAACAAAAAUAUGUGCUAAACGAUACCGAACUCAGCGGUACCAUUUUUGUUGCAGGGGUUUAUCAUUAACACAAUAAAGUAAGGAUUUCUCAUUUUAUGUUGAAUGCUGCCCUAAUUCUCGAAAAUAUGUAGAUGUUCGUGUUUAUGGUGCAACAUUCGAUAACCCUUCUACAAAUGGACAUUAGUCCUCUUUGGAUUAACAUCUAUCAAGUUAUGCUUUUAUUUCGUUUAACCUGCUUGUACCGGGCAGUGACGUAUGGAUUUUGCAUUUUGAUUAAUCGACAAUAUUAGCACCGCAAGUGCUCAAACAACAAAGUCAUUCUGCAUUAAACUUAUCCAUACAGAAACAGUGCUGAUUUUUGGCUGGAAAAGGCUCCGAGUUAAGUACUUAAUUGAAAACUCAAAAAUGUCAUGAUGCUUAUUUAGAAACGCCGUUUUCAGCUCAUUCCUUUUGAGAAGCAAUCAUUAUUCUAACAGAAGUUUUUAAAGUUCUUUGACUGCAUUGAACGCAGUGCUUCUUUUAUUGUUCUAUAGGGCCUGUAGUUUACAAUAGUAUAGCACCAAAACGAUUCUUUGCAAUGAUAAACAUUAAUAAUGUGUUUUAUAUUCAGAAGUUUGAACAAUGUCUUUAAAGAACCUGAAAGUCAAGAACUGUAUUUAUUUCGAUUUACUACUUUUUUUUUGAAAGCUUUGUCAUAUAUGAUCGCUAAUAAUGCAAAGUAUGAUAAUUACAACAACAAAAAACAAUGGAAAUCAAUAAACUAACGAUUACUUAUAAAUAA